CUAGCCUUCCCUUCUCUUUUCCUCUCUUUUUUCCUCUCGUCCCUUUUAAUCGUCAUCACACUUUCUCGUUAAAAGCCUCUCGAGCUUCCUCAACUUCUCCUCGAGUCCCCUCCCGCGUCUUUUCUUUUGCGCAGUCUCUCGCUACCAGCCUUUCGGAUUGACCGACUAUCGCUUGGUUUUUGCAGCCAUAAUCCUGCAUAGGUUAAUAAUAUCUUUCGACCGUCUUAUACUUGCACAUUUUCCACCCGUCAAUCCGGUUAUUUAUUUAUUUUCGACAAUCCGUCGCUAUCGUAUAAUCAUCUGCAACCAUGCUUUCCAAGACCUUCACCACCGCUGCUCUGGCUCUUGCCGCCUCCACCCUGGUGUCUGCCCAGACCUCCACGGACUGCAACCCUCUCGAGAAGACUUGCCCUAACGACCCUGCCUUCGGAAAGAACGACGGCGACUGUGACUUCACCAAGGGCGCCUGUGGCAACUUCGAGAGCCUUCCCGGCACCACCCUCAAGUACAACGGCAACGGUGCUGUCUUCUCCAUCAGCACCGAGAAGGAGGCCCCUACCAUCCGCACUGGCAAGUACAUCUUCUUCGGCCGCAUCGAUGUCGUUGUCCAGGCCGCCGCCGGUGCCGGUAUCGUCACCUCUGCCGUUCUCCAGUCCGACGAUCUUGACGAGAUCGAUUGGGAGUGGGUUGGCGGUGACAACGCCCAGGCUCAGACCAACUACUUCAGCAAGGGUAACACCGCUACUUACGACCGUGGUGCUUUCCACCCCGUCUCCAACCCUCUGGGAUCUUUCCACACCUACUCUGUUGAGUGGACUUCUGCUGGUGUCAACUGGCUGAUCGACAACAACGUCGUCCGCAGCCUCACUGCUGCUAACGCCGAGGGCGGUGCUGCCGGCCUUCCCCAGACCCCCAUGCAGGUCAAGCUCGGAACCUGGGUCGCUGGUCGCAAGGAUGCUCCCCAGGGCACCGUCGAGUGGGCUGGUGGUUACACCGAUUUCUCCAAGGCUCCCUUCCUCGGCUACUACAAGAGCAUCUCCAUUGUCGACUACGCCGGUGCUGAUGCCCCUACCUCCAAGAGCGUCAAGGAGUACAUCUACGGCGACCACAGCGGUUCCUGGCAGAGCAUCAAGGUCUCUCUCGGAGACGGCAGCGAUGACAGCAGCGACUCUUCUUCCACCACCGCUGCCCCUACCUCCACCAAGGGUUCUUCCUCCUCCACCAAGGCUCCUGCUUCUUCCACCAAGGCCCCUGCUUCCACCACCGCCGCUGAGCAGCAGACCACCACUGCCGAGCAGACCACCCUGGCUUCUUCCACCGCCGCUCCUACCAAGAGCUCCGGCGGUGGCAGCGCCAGCAACGGCACCGUCUCCUCCACCGGCUCUGUCCAGCCCACCAAGCCUCCCACCGUCCCCGGCAGCGCUGGUGCCCGCACCGCCGCUACCCUCGGCAGCGUCUUCGCUGUUGGUGCUGGCCUUGCCCUUGCUCAGUUCCUCCUGUAAACGGGACCCUCAAGUCACACUCCCCUUUUGUUUUGCUUUUUAGGAAUGUACUUAUUGUUGCGGGCAUGAAAAGCAUGUAGAUGGGGCAGAUCGUUUGCGUGCGGAGAAGAGAGCGGACCAAGCUAAUACUAUACAAAUUCGGGUUUUUUACACAAGCCGCCGUUUUUCUUGUUCAAUUGUACAUUCUGGCAACGGACACCAAAAUCUGUGGCAAGUCGUAUUCACUCGACCGAAAUAUUCCACCCAAUUUCCUUUUAUUCCUAUUCACUGCAAAUUACUUCUGGACGAGAACGCCUAUAAUGAUUUUUUUUUUUUUAAUGGGGGAGGUCUGCUCUUCUUCCCGCCGAGCCGAUUUCGGGUAAUGACGUUUGCUUGGAUUGAUGAAG